UAUCCUCCUCCCGUGCAGGGUUUAAGGACUGUACCAUUCCGAGGAGGUGUCCACAAAAGAAUUAAAGCUAGAUAAAACUAUUAAAACACUGAUACAAAACGUACGUUAUCGUACUGAAGUCCGUAUCUUAUUGUUUUAUGUAAAAUGUACUUCAAAUAUUGUAUACAUAUCACCUAUCCCGAGUUAGUGAUCCUUGGAAUGAUCCUACAUUUUAAACCAAUCACAGGAGAGACAGCGCUAGCCCUUUGAACUUAUUUACUUCAUAGAAGGUAAACAUGGCGAAGAAGCAGGUGAUCAUCGACACAGACUGCGGCAUAGAUGACGCUCAGGCUAUAAUGAUGGCCUUGGCAGCCCCCACCAUUCAGGUCGUGGCCAUUACCUGUGUUUUUGGGAACGCAGCAGUUGAGAAUGUGUGUCAGAACGUUUUGAGGGUGCUCUCCGUCUGUGAGCGUGAGGGGAUUCCAGUGUUUCGAGGUUCUGGUGGUCCUCUAGUUGGAGCCAGUAACCCAGUCAGUAACCACUUUGGAACAGAUGGACUCGGGGACGUGAUUAAAGACAAAGACCCACAGUGGGAGGUGAAAAUCCAGAGAGAGCAUGCAGUCAGUGCAAUGAUUAGGCUGGUGACCGAAAACCAGAAGCAGGUCUCCUUGGUGGCCCUUGGCCCGCUCACUAAUCUGGCAUUGGCUGUCCGACUGGAUCCAUGUUUCCCCCGAAAGCUCAAAGAUCUGUACAUUAUGGGGGGCAACAUGGAAGGAAAAGGAAAUGUGACACUAUGUGCAGAGUUUAACUUUGCACUUGAUCCAGAGUCUGCCUAUAUUGUCCUUGAAGAAUUCCUCUGCCCUACAUACCUUGCAUCAUGGGAAUACUCAUGCAGAAAUGCCCUGACAUGGGAGUUCUUUGAAGAGUUGAUCAAUCAGGAUGCAGCUGCUGCAGUCUUUAUGAAGAUGAUAACGUCUAAGUGCUGGGCUUACUCCAAAGAUGCUAUGAAGAGCAAGAGAGACGUGUACUUUGGACCUGGGUUUGUCUCUUACGAUGCCUAUGCAAUGGCCGCCUGCAUUGACGGCAGCGUGGUGACAGAGAGGAUGGAGUGUCCCGUCCGCGUGGAGCUGCAGGGCUCCAUGACCCGUGGCAUGUUGGCACUGGAUCGCACAAAUGAGCUGAAGAAGAGCCACAGUGUGUUUGUUCUGACCAAGUGUGAUGUUGCCAAGCUUGGUCAGUUACUCAUGGAGUCUCUAAGACAACCUAAGAAGUAAUCAUUGAUGAAAUACAUCAGAAGGAAAAUAAGAAUGUGCCACCCUGAAUCAAAUUAUUUUUGAGUAUAUUGAAUAAAAAAAAAAGCUGAAAAGCUUCAACGUGACUU